AAUAAUUCUUCAAUAAUCAAUUAAAUCAAUAAUUCUUCUAUAAUCAAUUAAAUCAAUAAUUCUUCAAUAAUCAAUUAAAUCAAUAAUUCUUCAAUAAUCAAUUAAAUCAAUAAUUCUUCAAUAAUCAAUUAAAGCAAUAAUUCUUCAAUAAUCAAUUAAAUCAAUAAUUCUUCAAUAAUCAAUUAAAUCAAUAAUUCUUCAAUAAUCAAUCAAUUUUAAUCAUUAUACAAAAUAUCAUUUUUGUUAUAUUCGUUAGCUUACGAAUCGUCCUAAAAUCGUCUUUAUUUCUAAUAAAAAAUAAAACAUAAUUAAAACAUAAAUUUAUAAAUAAUAGUUCUUAUGUUUGUUCAAUUCGAUAUUACCUUAAUAAAUUAGAAAAAAACUUGUAAUAGAAUCUUCUUUCUUGAUGCUCGAACAAAUCUUAAUUAUUUCUUCAACAACUAAAAACUUCAAUGAAAGUAUAUUUAAGAUAACUUAUGAUGAUCGAAUAAUUAAUGAAAAUAUUCAGUCUCAACGAUGACUUACAUUCAAGUUAAAAGGUUCUUUAUUUUAAAUCUUUAGAUUAGGCUAGUGUAGACAUUUCCGUAAUUUCUUUGCAGAUAGUAGAAUCCGUAAUAAAUCUAGAAAAUGAAAUUAAUGAUUGUUUAGCAAGCAUAUUGUUCGUAAAAUCAAAUAUUAAACUUAUCUUCUCUUUCUGCUUAUGUAUAUUCUGAUAGGCUUGUAUACAUAUUAGAUUUUCCAUUAAUUCAAGGCGAACCUCUCAAUCUCUAUCACAUAUAUUCCAUUCCAAUCCAACAUUUUAAUUCCUCUCUGCAUACAACCAUCCUACCUGAGCACAUGCAUUUGGCUACAAAUCCUAGCGGUAAUAUAUACGUAUCUACGAGCGACCUCACUUCAUGCAAGUCCUACGCUAUAAAGAAGAAGAUCUGCACCUCUUUUGUCGCAUAUGAAGCAGCAUCACGUCCAUUAUGUGAGCUCCAGAUCCUGUUAAGCAUUUCAAAGACUUUACCUGAAAUUUGUACCACAUCCACAUUUGAAGCAAGAAUUAACACUUUUCAAAACAUUGACAACAACCAAUGGCUUUACAUACUUACAGAAGACACUAAUUGUAUACUUCAAUGUAAAACGGAAGUUACACAUCAUAAAUUACAAGGAGCAGGCAUUUUAUCCUUACCGGAAAACUGCAAACUUUAUACUGGGUAUAGUACGCUAACAGCCUUUCAAUCUAUUGAAGAAAAUGUAACAUAUCCUGUAAUAGUUCCAGACAUUAGAACAGACGAUUGCUUUGAAGAAUACAAGAACUUUGAAGCUCCAAAGUUAAUUCCUAUUAAAAUUAAUGAAAUGCCUUUGGAUUCACUGAAACAAAUAAAACAUCAUGUCGAUAAAUUUAAGGAAAGCUUAGAAAAUAUGAGAUCUCGACCAAUCUUACAAAGAUAUUCGUCAACGUUUACAUGGAUAUACUUCGUGUUAUUCAUAACAAUGCUAGGAUACUUCAUUUAUAAAAUUAGCAAACGUUGUCCUAAUGGAUUACUCCUGCGUAACCGAAGACCAAGCCGUGAUAAUAGUUGUAUACAAAUAUUUAACAACUGUUUUUCAAACACAUCACGACGUCAGAGAAUCCAAGUUGCCGUCCCGAUGACUACUAUAGCAACAAGUACCUGCGUAACGGAAGACGAAGAGGAAAAUGAAGAAAAUUAUCCAAGAACUUCAACACCGAGAGUUCAAAGAUCAAGCUCUCAAGCCCAAUCUUUAUUCUAAGGGGGGAGGUGUUACAUAUAUUAAGAGUACGUGACCUAAGACCAUGUGUCAGCCUACGACCUAAUCAUUAUAAUAUUUGACAUUCCUAUUUGUAUAUUUGUAUUUGUCCAUUUGAUAUCGAAAUCAUUAUAUUGUUUAAUAUUCAUAUUUGUAUAUUUGUUUAUCUCAUACAAAUUUCCAUUAGUAAGUUAUUAUCUGUAUUUGUUGUCACUCUUUCGAUGGAAGUAUUUGACUAUUGUAAUUGUAAAUAGUAAUUAAGAUAUCUCUACUAUAUAUAUGGACGAUUUGUAAUAAUAAAUACAGUUCAAUUCAGAUACUC